UUCCAAAAUAUGGAAAUGUAUUAAUUUCAAAUCGUCCUUUAUAAAAUUCCACUAACCUGAGGGUUUUAACCCAUCAAAACCUCCGCCUCUUUACUCCUUUCACUCUCGCAGUCAUGAACGCCACCACCUCCGUCAAGUUAGACACAAACCCUAUUACCUCGCCGCCGUUCAGGUCCACCACCGCCACCGGCCGUACCUACACCACCACCGCCUUCCAUCGCACCUUUCUUCACCGGAGAAAUGUUUCAAUUACAUGCUCAGCUUCACCGAUUGUCGCUCCGGAAGAAAAGACGGGUCAAAUACCGGGUCGAAUCGGGUCGUUAGGUCAGGUAUCCGGUGUGUUGGGUUGCCAGUGGGGUGAUGAAGGCAAGGGCAAGCUUGUUGACAUUUUGGCUAAGCAUUUUGAUGUUGUGGCUCGUUGUCAGGGUGGAGCUAAUGCUGGACACACUAUCUAUAACUCCGAAGGCAAGAAGUUUGCACUUCAUCUUGUUCCUUCCGGGAUUCUUAACGAGGAGACGAUGUGCGUUAUUGGGAACGGAGUGGUUGUUCAUCUUCCCGGACUUUUUAAAGAAAUCGACGGGCUUGAAUCCAACGGUGUUUCAUGCAAGGGAAGGAUUUUAGUUUCGGACCGCGCUCAUUUGUUAUUCGAUUACCAUCAAGAAAUAGACGGACUCAGAGAAGCGGAGCUAGCUAAGUCGUUUAUCGGAACCACCAAGAGAGGAAUCGGGCCGUGUUACUCUAGCAAGGUUAUUAGGAACGGUAUACGAGUAAGUGAUUUGAGGCAUAUGGAUACUUUUCCGGAUAAGCUCGAUCUUUUGUUAUCGGAUGCGGCUGCGAGGUUCAAGGGUUUUAACUAUACCCCUGAUGUACUCAAGAAGGAAGUGGAAGCGUAUAAACGAUUUGCGGAGAGAUUGGAACCGUUUAUUUGUGACACGGUGCAUUAUAUGAACGAUUCUAUAUCGCAGAAGAAGAAGAUUUUGGUCGAAGGUGGUCAGGCGACUAUGCUGGAUAUCGAUUUCGGGACGUACCCGUUUGUAACGUCUUCAAGUCCGUCUGCUGGUGGAAUCUGCACUGGUCUCGGCAUUGCUCCCAGAGUCAUUGGUGAUUUGAUUGGAGUGGUUAAGGCCUACACUACAAGAGUUGGAUCUGGACCGUUUCCUACUGAACUGUUGGGCAAUGAUGGGGAUCUUCUUCGGGCAGCUGGGCAUGAGUUCGGUACAACUACGGGUCGUCCUCGUCGUUGUGGGUGGCUUGAUAUUGUUGCUCUCAAAUAUGUUUGCCAGAUUAAUGGGUUUUCGAGUUUGAAUCUUACUAAACUUGAUGUUUUGUCGGAUCUUUCUGAGAUUAAGCUGGGUGUUUCUUACAAACGUCCUGACGGCACACCCUUUAAUUCAUUUCCUGCUGAUUUAAGUGAUCUCGAGCAGUCAAAGGUGGAAUACGAAACUGUGCCAGGGUGGCAGACGGAUAUUUCAUCGGUAAGAAGCUACUCUGAUCUCCCGAAGGCUGCACGUGAGUACGUGGAAAGAAUAGAACAACUUGUUGGAGUACCAGUUCAUUACAUCGGUGUUGGACCUGGACGUGAUGCUCUUAUAUACAAAUGAAGUUGUCACGACAUGCGUGAAUUUGGAUUAAGGAUUUUAGUUUGAUAUGAUCUCUCAUGUUGUUUUGUUUGAGAGUGAAUUUGGUUUUGAUAACAUAGAGGGUGGAGUUAAUUGGUUUCUUGACAUCUUUUUGCUAUUGGAAUUGGUUGUCAAAUAAAGCAAAAGUACUACUGUGUUUUGAGAAUUUUCA